AUGUCCUCUUCCCCGUUUGACUUCUCCUCUUGGAGGAGGAGAUCUCCCUCUCUUGUCUCUCAUACUGGCCCCGAGGAUAUUCCCAACCAGACGAACAGCUCGAGCACACAUGCGCGAGCGCCCUACCCCGACGCCAGGCUGCUGUCCUCUUCCGUCACUUCUACUAACCAUAGAGAGCCAACAAGGUCUUUCAUACCAGCCCCGAUCGAUAGUGCUAGCUAUGCACGGAGUGUUCGCGAGGACACUGCCGAACUCGCAUCCUAUGUUCUCGCGGAUAAGAAGGAAAAGAGGCGGGCGUCUUUCUUGAGGCGGGAUACGUCCGGAGCCCCUUACACUGAUCGCGAAGCCUCUUCGUUGCACAGGUCAGAUCACCAGGCCGCCUAUGACGAAAGCAUAGCCGAAGCUUCAGAACCGUCCUCGCCAGAAACCGCCAUCGAAGACGACCCCGACGAAGGCCCUUCCAUGUUGGCGAGCAUGCUCAAGCAGUCACCGAAGUCAAGCAAUGCGCAGACCUCCAGAGAAAGUGUGUCGACCGAGCACGAAGGCUCUAGCAAGAUAGAUGUCGAAACACAAGCACCUAGGACUGGUCGUGGCACUUCAAGAGCAGACGCAGCCAACAUGGAUGGCGCAUCAGAAAGCACAGCUCUGUUGAUUCGAUCCUUCUCGAGCUAUUCUCGACCUCCUCCUGACAGCCCUAGUCUGAGCGAAGGGGACGAUUUGAGCGAUGUUGAGAGUCAGAAACCAAGGCUGGACCAAUCGUACCGUGGAUAUGGAAGCAUCAGAGAGAGGGCCAAGAACAGAGUUCGCGUCGUUUCCCAUUUGAUCAAUCCCAAGACAUGGGAUCGACACGUCAUUUGGCAGAGCGCUGUCAUGGAUCCUCUUAGCUGCUUGCCGUCCGUCGUCGUUGGAUUACUGCUUAAUAUUUUGGACGCCCUCUCAUACGGCAUGAUUCUGUUUCCUCUCGGAAACCCGAUAUUUGCAAGCCUUGGACCGGCCGGAAUUUCCAUUUUCUACGUGAGCACGAUUGUUUCGCAGCUCGUCUUCUCUACAGGAAGCAUUUUCAAAGGCGGCGUAGGAUCUGAGCUGAUCGAAGUUGUGCCGUUCUUCCAUAACAUGGCUGCUACAAUCACAUCGAUAGUUGGCGAAGAUAAUCCGGAUGCUGUCAUUGCGACCACAAUUACAUCCUAUGCCCUCAGCUCCAUGCUGACCGGUCUAAUCUUCUGGCUAAUGGGAAAGUUCAAGUUAGGCUACAUCAUUGGCUUCAUUCCACGUCACAUCCUCAUCGGCUGUAUUGGUGGAGUGGGCUGGUUCUUGAUCCAGACUGGCUUCGAGGUUUCAGCCCGUUUGGACGAGUUCCACUAUGACUUGGACACCCUCCACAGGCUCGGACAAGCCAAUGCGUUGCCUCUUUGGAUCAUCCCACUAGCCCUCGCAAUCAUCCUCUUUGUUCUCCAGAGGAAAAUCACUUCUCAAUAUUUCCUAUCCGUCUAUAUCCUUUUGAUACCCUUCGUGUUUUAUUUCUUUGUACUUACAAUCGACGAGCUUGUGCCGGAAAAUCUGCGAGAGCAUGGUUGGAUAUUCGAGGCACCCAAUGAAGGCGAGGCCUGGUAUCAUUUCUGGACACUCUACAAAUUUCAUCUUAUUCACUGGGGUGCUAUCUUUGAAUGCACAGGCGCCAUGUUCGCGCUUACCUUCUUCAGUCUUUUACAUGUGCCGAUCAACGUCCCCGCCUUGGCACAGAGCACUGGAGAGGACAAUGCCGACUUGAACCAUGAACUCAAGCUCCAUGGCUAUUCCAACUUCCUUUCUGGAUGUGCCGGUAGUAUCCAGAACUACUUGGUGUACGCCAACACUUUAUUUUUCAUAAGGUCUGGCGGUAACAGUAGACUAGCUGGAUAUAUGCUCGCUUCGUUGACCGCUGUUGUCCUGGUCAUUGGACCGAGUCUUAUAGGCUUCAUUCCAGUCAUGAUGGUCGGCACACUUAUUUUUGUGCUUGGGUUUGAACUCAUAGCGGACUCGCUCGUAGCACCAAGGCACAAGCUCAAGGUGCUUGAAUACAUAACAAUCAUUGCGAUUGUACUUACCAUGGGGAUUUAUGACUUCGUUGCAGGUAUCUUCCUUGGGAUUAUCCUCGCAUUCGUCUCUGUGGUAGUGAAUCAGUCGAGAGUUUCUGCAAUCCGGGCUUGCUAUACCGGCGAUCAAGUCGGUUCGAUGGUUCGGAGAAACCCAUCUCAGCAUCAUUACUUGCAGGGAGUAGGCCGCCAAACGUACAUCAUCAAGCUCCUUGGAAAUCUUUUCUUUGGUACCAUUGUUGGAGUGCAGGAGAAGAUACGAACUUUGAUUGCUGAUGAUGACUUCGCCGAACAUCCCAUCAAGUACUUGAUCAUUGAUCUAUCACAAGUCACAGGCAUCGAUUAUUCUGCAGCCGAGGGUUUCAUGACGAUCAAUCGGCUACUGAAUAAGAAAGGUAUUGUCCUCCUCAUUAGUGGCAAGGAUGCCGAAAGCACGGUUGGCAGAGAUUUGCGCGCCGUAGGUCUCGGAAACGACGGCCCGGAGGUUAUGUUCAUGCCCGAUCUCAACUCUGCUCUCGAGAGUUGCGAAAAUGAACAGCUGAAGACGUUCUAUAAACAGCAGGAGGCACUGCGUAGGGUAACACGUCCCACCUCUUCGAAGAACCUCGAUGUGCCAAGUCAGCAGAAAUCAGUUCAGCCUUUUGAGCCGCAGUACCUGUCUCAAUCUCCCAGAGGGCAUUACCAGCAUGAAGUUGCAAAGAAUGUGUUGAUAGAGCAUGAACUCAAGCGUGCUUCAAGGUGGCGAAAUAUUAAUGAGCCGCUGCGUCUUAUGCUCCAAAUCUUCCACGACCUUAGCGACAAAAAUGAAGACUUCUGGUUCCGGGCAAAGCCGUACUUUGUACAGAGGGAAUACCCGGCAGGAACUGUACUAUACCACAGAGGAGAGCCAGCUAAGGGCUUCUAUCUUCUGGAAAUGGGCGAGCUGCGCGCCGACUAUGAGACACCUCAAGGCAAGCUUUCGGAACCAAUCGUUCAGGGAACGACCUGCGGCGAAUUACCGUUUUUCUCCCAGACAGACCGCACAGCGACCGUCAUUGCUGUCAAGGACUGUACCGCGUGGGUCAUGGACACGGAGAGUUGGGAGAAAUUGCGCAAGGACCAGAACGACGUUUACCAAGAGCUGCUCAGCAUUUCGUUGAAGCUCACGACCGAGCGGAUGAACGCCAUGACCAACUAUACUCUGGCAAAUGCCAACUAA